GCCUGCUUCGAUGUCAAGAAAGAGGGACACGGAGAGCAGAACAGAUAGAGAAAAAGAAAAGGAAUGCAGCCAAAGAGAAGAAGCUAAGGCAGUUUACAGAGCUGACUUGAACACAACAGCCUUAAGAGUCCUGUUUGCUCUUAAGACAGUGAAUCUGCAGGGGCACAGCUGACGGCUUCCUCCUUCACCCCUCCUCCCUUUUCUGACUGUGCUGCCUCCUCUUCCUCCCCAAGACCAUGGAGGAGGUUUCCAAGGACUCAGAAACCCUACUGGUCCCGCCGCCUCUCCUGGAGCGGCGGGUUCGCCGGCGACAGCCAACAGUCUCAGUCCUCAAAUCCAAGCUGAAGCGAGGUGUGAGUUGCUCUGUGCCCAGAGUCCGAUCCACACUGACAGGAUUCUUCCCUGUGGUGCGCUGGCUGCCAAAAUACAAGCUCAGAGAGUACAUCUGGGGUGAUGUGAUGUCUGGGAUGAUUGUGGGUAUCAUCUUGGUGCCUCAGGCCAUCGCCUACUGCCUACUGGCUGGAGUGGAACCCAUCUAUGGCUUAUACACCUCAUUUUAUGCUAACAUCAUCUACUUCCUCAUGGGGACUUCCAGACAUGUGUCCGUAGGGAUCUUCAGCCUCAUGAGCCUCAUGGUUGGACAGGUGGUGGAUAGGGAAGUGUACCUGGCAGGUUUUGACCUCAAUGAGGAUUCAACACCAUCUAGUCAUGAUUUCCUCAAUGGUACACUGGGCACAAACUUCUCUGAUGGUAAAGUCCACAGUGUGGAGCUAAUGGGUGUGGAGUGCAGCAAGGAGUGCUAUGCCAUCAGCGUCGCUGCUGCCAUUACAUUCCUGGCUGGCGUCUACCAGAUUAUAAUGGCAGUGUUGAGGCUCGGUUUCGUCUCUGUGUACCUUUCCGCUCCCAUGCUUGACGGCUUUGCUGCCGGAGCGUCUUUCACCAUCCUGACUGUGCAGGCUAAAUACCUGCUGGGCCUGAAGAUUCCUCGUCACCAGGGAUAUGGCACAGUGGUCGUUACCUGGAUCAACAUCUUCGCCAACAUUCACAAGACAAAUCUGUGUGACCUCAUCACUAGUGCCAUCUGUAUCUCAAUUUUAGUGGCAGGGAAAGAGAUCCAGGAUCGUUAUAAGGAUCGUCUAAAAAUCCCUCUGCCGACUGAACUGGUAGUUGUGGCAGGAGCUACAUUGGCCAGCCAUUUUGGGGAGCUGAACAAGCAUUAUAGCACCAGUGUUUCUGGUCACAUCCCCACAGGAUUCAUCGCUCCCCAGGUGCCCAGCUUCAGUCUAAUGCCACGGAUAGCAGUGGAUGCCAUUCCUCUUGCAGUCAUUAGUUUUGCCUUCACCGUGUCACUGUCUGAGAUGUUUGCCAAGAAAAAUGGUUACACCGUCCGUCCCAACCAGGAGAUGCUGGCCAUCGGCCUCUGUAACAUCAUCCCCUCCUUCUUCCACUGUUUCACCACCAGUGCCGCCAUGGCAAAAACCAUGGUGAAAGAUUCAACUGGCUGCCAGACACAGGUAUCCAGUCUGAUCAGCGCCCUGGUAGUCCUUUUUGUCCUCCUCUUCUUUGCACCUUUCUUCUACGCACUCCAGAAGUGUGUUCUUGCUUGUAUCAUCAUUGUUAGCCUUCGUGGGGCUCUGAGAAAGUUCAAAGACAUUCCAGCUAAGUGGCGUGAAAGCCAGAUUGACACCGUCGUCUGGCUUGUUGCCAUGUCAGCCACGGCUCUGAUAAGUGUGGAGCUAGGCCUUCUCGUCGGAAUCAUCUUUUCCCUGGGCUGCAUCAUCUUUAAGACCCAGAAACCAAAGGUCUCUCUCCUGGGCCGAGUCAACGACGCUGAUUUUUAUGAAGACUUGGAAGAGUACGAGCACCUCAUGCCUCCACAAAGGGUUCAAAUCUUCCGUUUCCAGGCUCCUCUCUACUACGCCAACAAGGACUCUUUCCUCAAAUCCCUCUACAAAGCUGUCGGAGUUGAACCCUUCUUGGAGAUGGCUAAGAGGAGGAAGGCAGAGAAGAAGGCCAAGGAGAUGCACGCAAAGCAAGCCAAGGGAAAUGGGGAGAAAAACAACGGGGACGUCACCGUAGGACUCGUCCAAAGAGAACUGGAGUUCCACACAAUAGUUUUAGACUGCUCUGCCAUCCCCUUCAUAGACUCAGCAGGGAUGGCCACUUUCAAAGGGCUCAUCAAGGAAUACAAAGAGAUCGGCGUGAACGUCCUCCUUGCCUGCUGCAACACCUCGCUCAUCGAUACUCUGCAGAAGGGCCAAUUCUUUGGGAAGAAUGACAAAGACAUGAGCAGCCUUCUGUUUUACACAGUUCACGCUGCAGUUCUUCAUGCAAACAGCGUAAAUGAAACAGCAGGGAGCAGAUCAGAAGACUCGGUUGUGUAGAUGAAAGAGAAGAGAGAAAAUAUUGUCGUUUUCUGCAUUUCUCUUUCUCCUUUCAUUUGUGUGCCUAGAAUGAUUUCAAAAAGUAAUAACUGCAUUUGGGAGAAAGGUGGGGAUGCCUGCUGGAUAACUGAUUAGGAGGAGUAUCCUGUUCAGGAAUUAUAAUAAGUCUGUGCCCUUAUAUACCCAGAAAACUUGAUCUUUUAGACUUUCUCUUUAGGUGUUUCCUAAGAUCUGGACUCAACAUAAAAUUCAGUAAAGAUGAUUUAAGCAAAAAAUGUAGGCAAGAUAAAAGCAGUAAAAAGUCAGAAAUCAUGCUAACACAUCAUCCAGUAUUACUAUAGCUGACCAUGUUUCAGUGUUAAAAGUGGAAAACUUCAACAUUUUCAUGUGUGACAAAAGGUUUUCCAAUUUUACAGACUGUACACACCCAUUUACUUUUAUUUGUUAUAUUUUUAGUUACAGUGUCGUCUUGCUACAGGUUUCCUACAGCUGUUAUGCCAACUGUGGUCACCUCUGUCACAUUCCCUCAUGAAGUCCCAGCCCACUCUCUUGUGUUCCACAGCAGGAGAAGGAAGUGAGCGGUAGGAAGGCAAAUCAAACAUGUCCAUGGCGUUGUACCUUAGUGAGGGUCCAUGGAUUAUUUUUAGUCACUGAAUCUAAAGGUUGGAAAUGACGCCUUGAAGACAAUGCUUUGGUACACUGUGACAGGAAGUGGUCUUGAAGGUCUUUCCCCUCAUAGAGCAUUAGCACUAUCAGGGCAUUAGUAAAUCACAGUUUAAUAUGUUAUGUUAAUAUGUGUUUUUCCAUUUAACACAACUGUGUCACUGUGGCAAAUGUUGUUUACUACAAUUUCCAAUGUUUCUUUUACUUCAAUUCAAAGUCCGCAAUGGCUUUCACCCAGGAGACCAGAGUCCAGACUAUCAGUCGUAUACCCUUAAGUGCCAACCUUGGACCUAAAAUCAUUUCUAGAGGCCUAGUUAAACUCUGACUUACAGAAGAGGCCCGUGUACAUGGUGGGAAGACAAGAUUUACAUGACUGACGAGGACUAUGUGCCACUUAAACUUCUACUCCCCAGUGACAGCUAUGCCUUCAAAACAGAGCUCAUAACAAUAUUUGUAUAUUUUUGCACUGUCGUCUGAUCGGCCGACAGGAAUGGUGGAAAAAUCUAGAGAUCUGAGGAAAGUCUGAGAUCUUUCCUCAGGUGCUUUUACAGAACAAGCUGAUGGCAGCCGGGUUUGCCAUUUUGGUCAAAUGUUUCACUGCCGUCUUUUUGCUGAAUCAAAUAUUUUGUGACUAGCAGAAAGUCUCCGUAUCUUUUUUAAAAAAAGUGUUUUUCUUUACAUCUAUAUCCUGUCGACAGAGAGUUUAGAAUUUUGUGAAAGCUAGCAAACUUAAUUUAUAUGUGUGACUUAACAAAUCUGUGUGUUCAUGUAACAAGAAAUGAUUGUAGAUUUUAAAAGCAUUAUUUUGUAUUUAUCUACAUUUAUUUUGACUUCGGUCAUCAUCUAGGAGCCAUCUAGGAGAACUCAUUCUCCUUGACUUGAUUUUUUUUUUUUUGUUUUAGUGUU